AUGAGGAAGCCCUGCUGUGAUAAGCAAGAUACCAACAAAGGAGCUUGGUCCAAGCAGGAAGACCAGAAGCUGAUAGAUUACAUUCGAAAAAACGGCGAAGGCUGCUGGAGAACCCUCCCUCAGGCUGCAGGCCUACUUCGUUGCGGUAAAAGUUGUCGCUUAAGAUGGAUAAAUUAUCUAAGGCCAGACCUUAAAAGAGGCAACUUUGCUGAAGAUGAAGAAGAUCUUAUCAUCAAACUUCAUGCACUCCUAGGCAACCGCUGGUCACUGAUAGCUGGGAGACUGCCUGGAAGGACAGACAAUGAAGUAAAGAACUACUGGAAUUCUCAUUUAAGGAGAAAGCUAAUAAACAUGGGUAUUGACCCAAAUAAUCAUCGUCUGAGCCACAAUUUCCCUCGCCCUCGGGACCCAUGUACCGCUGCGACCGCAACAUCAUCUGGUUUGAACAACCAUGCAAGUCCGCCGGUAAAAUCGGUUGGUGAUAAUGAUCAGACAUCUGAUGCCGGAAGCUGUUUAGAUGAUAACCGGCGUGCCUUACCUGAUUUGAACCUUGAUGUCGCAAUCACCAUUCCUCAACCUUCACUAGAUACUACCGAAGAGGCGAAGAAACAUAAUGAGUCCAAAGUAUCGAGGGAGCUUGAACCUGGUCCCUCUUCCACGCUGCUCCUCUUUGGAUGA